GACCAGAUUUACUUGGGACCAAGCUGUGAGGUGUUGGCACAAGCAGAGGAGCCGUCACACACGUAUGAAAUCAGCGCAGACGCGUAGCAAUAUUGUACAGUAGCGUAACCUCGUAGACAGCGCUGUGCAUCACGGCUCGGUACCGGGACCUUUUCUCGUUUGCGGAGUACGGCAUCGCAGGCAGCAAAUGUUUCCGGUCAAACAACACUGGCUUUGCAAAGCCUUAGGUUGUUAUGAUUGCUGUAUCCGGUGCAUUGGGGCAGUGCCCUACCCUUCCCUGGUGGCCACCUUGCUGUGCUACGCAGGCGUGGCCUUGUUUUGUGGCUGCGGGCACGAGGCGCUGGCCCAGACGGAGGUGCUGGUCGAGACUUACUUUGCCCGUGACCCUCAGGACUUUGAUGUCAUGGCAUCUUUUAUCAAAUACUUCCAGUUCGUGAUCUAUGGCCUGGCAUCGUUUUUCUUCCUCUACGGUAUCCUGCUGCUGGCUGAGGGGUUCUACACCACAAGCGCGGUCAAGCAAACCUUCGGGGAGUUCAGGAGCACCCAGUGUGGCCGCUGCCUCAGCUUGACGUUCAUUAUAGUAACGUACAUCUUGGCCUUCAUCUGGCUGGCGGUGUUUGCCUUCAGCGCUAUCCCCGUCUUCUUCCUGUUCAACAUGGAGCACACCUGCCACAGCAUCAACAUCCUGGCAGAAACCACCCCCAGCAUUAAUCAGCACAGCUGGAUCUGCAUGGACGCCAGGCAGUACGGCCUGCUUCCUUGGGAUGCGGUGCCGGGCAAGUCCUGUGGCAUGACCUUGGCGUCUAUUUGCAAAACCAGCGAAUUCCACACCACCUAUGACUUGUACAUAGCCACAUUUGCAGGGGCUGGAGUCACUCUCCUGGCGCUGAUUCUGUAUCUGAUCCCCACCACCUACAACUACGCAGUCUUGCGGUUCCUGGGCAGAAAAGGAAUUCGCUAAGUGCUUCAAGAUAACAGACAAACGUCUCCCUUCACCGUUACGUGUGAACAACAGACAGCGAGAUGAAGAUAAUUCACCCGCAGUAAUGAGCCCCAGCCUGCUCCACAAGCCGUCCUCUCAGAUGAUUCUCUUAGCUUUGUUGUUCAUUUUCUUUCUCUCUGCCCUCUCUUUCUCUUUUUCUCUCUCCUUUAAUUCGCUCUGUGAGGCUUCGCUGGAGCUGAUUGUGAUGUAUGAGGUUUCAUGAAUAAUUAAGAGCAAUGACAGCUUUGCUUUGCAAGUCAUAACUGUGUGUGUACGUGUGUGUGUGUGUGUGUGUGUGUCCUGUUCAGUGUUUACUGGUGCAGGUAUCGGUUUUGAAUAUGAUUUUUUGCUGCUGCCUUAUCGUCCCCACCUCGGCAUCAGGAGUCUAAAGCAAGUGAAGCUGAAUGUACCAUGGGUUUCUCUUGGAGCUUCUCACUUCAAAAUAAAUCUGCUGUGCCUUAUCCCCCCCCCCCCCCCUCCCCCCACCACCUUUCUGUUAAAUGUGAGGAAUUGUCUUCAUGAUACCUAAAAUAAGCAACAGAGAGGUCAAAAUGAAAAUAACUGCUCGGCAGCUGACACGCGCUGUGUGUGCUCAUUUGUAGUUAAGGCUAAUGAAAUGAUUUGAUCUUUGAAUUUAUUUUAAUCAUAUAAUGUAUGUGGCAUUAAAGUACUUUCUGCUGA